UAUUUAAGAAAGAAUCAAAGAAACCAGAGAUAUUACAAAAUUAGUUUCUUACUUAUAUAUUAUAUAAUAAAAUUAUAAUUUUUAUUUUUAAUGUAAAUAAGAUUAUGAGUUUUUUUUCCUACCUGCCGCCUAGCCUUAGGAAAGAAAAAACCCACGAACAUUAGGCUCCUCGUACCAAAAAAAAACCUAACUUCAAUUCACCAGGAAACCUUCACAAAGCUCAAGAAAUUCACCACCGCCGGCGAAGGGCCGACACGUCUCCUUCCCGAUCGAUUCUCCAUCUUCCCAUUAUCGGUGGCGAGUCCUGCACUUCAUGGUUUUUCAUUCUCUUUAUUUUCCAGCUUGUCUGCAUCAAACUCCUAAACAUUGUUAAACAAUACCAGAAAGAGUCCUCAACCUAAACUGGUCAUUUAGGGAUUGAACUGAUUUAGCAAAAGUGACCUCUGAAACUACAAACAACAAUUUUAAUGCAUCUGCUGCUUCUACUUCCAAUCCGGUUUCUGGAGGUGACCCUUUUCCUGCCUUUUCAAUGAGCAAACCAGGUUCUUCUCCAGCAACAUCUUCGGCUAUAGUUCCUGUAUCUUUUUAACCUCCACAUCCUCUAUGAUGACUUCAUCAACAAUCGUUCCAGUAGCCUCUGCAACUCAGCCUACAUUAAGAUCCAAUUCUCUUAAUUCAUUACAGAGCACCUAUGUGAUGCAACCUGUGGGUGGUCAACCACAAGCUUUCUCAUAUCCAUCUCAAGUCAUUUUCUCUGGUGUUUCACCUGGUAAGUCUACAUUAGAACAUCUAAGCCACCUUGGCCAAAGAUGACUACUCCUGGUAUUUAGAGAUAUACCAAAGUAUUCAUGUCGAUUGACACUGAUUGAGAUGGAAAAUUCACCGAUGAACAAGAACGUAACCUGUUUCUGAGCUGGAGACUACCAUGAGAGUCUGCUAUGGAUCGUUCCUCCCCGGAAGACAAGGGGGUAGUGAAGUUACCUGUGUGGCUAUCCCAGGUUUAUAAUGUCGAGGUUCUUAAAGCUGUGGAGGCUAAAAGGAAAGAGUCUUCAAAGAAGUUUGAGGAGGCUGCUUCUAGUGACCUCCCCAAAGCACCUACUACAUCUGCUUUAGGAAAACGUCCAGCUCUUUCUUCGGCCGCUCCGAAGGCGAAGCCUCCUUUCUUCUUGCACUGAUAACACCGUGACGCCUGGGUUGGAGCCGACGGCCCCUCCUGUUGUAGAUGUGGGGGCCUCUUCCCCCUAUUUUGAAGAUCGCUGUGCGGCCAAUGUACCCAGCGAGUCUAAUCCGGUGGUGAUAGGAGAUGGGGGCCCAGAGGCCAAUGAGGCAUCCUCUAAGGCGACAAUGAGUGCUAGUUCUGUUGUAGAUCCGUCGCCUAGGAAGAAGACGACCAGGGAGUCAGACGAUUCUUCUCCCGCCAAGGAUAAGGCGGUGCACUAACCUCCACCAAGGGCGACUCCUGUUGGCUUUGAUUUUCAAUGGAUGAGGAAGGCCGAGGUGGCACAGAUUCCCUCUUCCGACGGCUUUAGCUCGGAGGAAAAGGAUAAAAUUCUUUCCUCCGUUUAUGCGGUGAUUCCUAAGGAAUAUGUGAGAUCCCUUCCAGGGAUUGGAGAAGGGUUUUUUGGGGCUAUGCAGUCCCUUGUGCUGGAUCUUUUCAUCAGGUUCGCCGAGGCUAGGUUCGACGCCUUGGGGCCAUGCACCAGGAGCUGCUGGAUCACAAGGAUCAAAUUGAGAAUCACGAUAAGUACGCCAAAAAGAAGGCGGAGCUAAUCCGUGAUGAAAUGGACAUGGUCAUCAGGUCGCAGGCUUCCGCUCUUCAGCAAGCCGAGGCAGAUGCCGAAGCCAAUGAGGCAAAGCUCAAGGAGCAUGAGGGGAAGCUAGUUGAUCUCAAGGCUGGGUACGCUGUUGUUUCUGAGCGGGUUGCCAAUUUCUUCACAAAGGUGGAUGCCCUAGAGAAGAAGCUUCAGGCUACUCAGGGUGAAGUGGAUGCUACCCGGGGAGAGGUCGCUUGUUCCUUCAAGCUGGGGGAGGAAGUCGUCUUGGAAGGUGCUCAGCGGGCUUGGGACCAGGAGAUGAAGGAGUCCGUAGAGCGGGAAGAUCACUACUAGUGUUCGUGUUUGUGAUUUGUGAAGCUAAGCUUAAUAAGAUAACCAUGUCAGGAAGAAACAAUCGUCCUCCCACUAAUGCUGAGUUGGCUGCACGACUUCAGCAACUCACAGAACUGACCCAAACCUUAGGAGCUGCUUUGUUGAACAACAACAACAACAACAACAAUGGAAACAACAAUCCUGACUAUGCUAAGAAAGUUGCCAGUAGAAACCCACCUUACUUCCAAGGUGAAGAGGACCCUAGUAUCCUAGAAAACUGGAUCCGUGAAUUUGAUAAACUGUUUGAGGCUAUAGGGUGCCCUGAGGAAGAGAGAAUCCCUUCUGCAACCUAUUAUCUUAAGGCAGAAGCUGAUAUUUGGUGGUCCACCUCCCGAGAUGACCUAGUUGCUGGACAUGGAUUUAACUGGGAGGCCUUUAAGGAUGCUAUGAGGGAUAGGUUUUACCCUGAACAUGUCAAAAUGCAGAAAUUCGAUGAGUUUGCUAACCUUAGGCAGAGAAACAUGUCUGUCCAGGGAUAUCAUUCCAAGUUCCUAGAGCUAGCUAGGUUUUCACCUACCAUGGUCCCAGAUGAGAGAGCUAAGGCAAACAAAUUCAUUCGAGGUUUGAACUUUGACACCCAGAAGGUUGUGAUUGUUUUGAGAUGCCAAACCUUGCAAGAAGCUUAUGUUAGCGCAGCGAGUCACUACAGAGUUGAGAAGCUAGAGGAGGAAAUCAAGUCUAGGGGUAAGAGAAAGGAGGAAGAUUCGAGGAACAACAAUCAGAAUGGGGGAAAUUCUGGAGGCUAUGGGGAUAAAAGGGCUAGGUACAACAAUGGUGAUCAGGGUUCGGGUAGAGGAUACCAUGGAAAUAACAACAAUUAUCGAGGAAACAAUGGAGGGAAACCCCAAAACCAAGGGCAGAACCAGAAGUAUGGGAAUGGGAACGGAAAAAGAAAUGAGAGACACUACUAUUGCAAGCAGUGUAGUAAGGACCACCCAGGAGUUGAUUGUAAGGGAAAUGCUGUGCAGUGCUUUGGUUGCAAGAAGAUGGGACAUCGUGAGUUCGAGUGUUAUGCUAAGCAAAAUGGUGGUCAGCACCAACAAGGGAGGCAGAACAAUUUCAGGAACAACAACAACCAACGGAACCCUUCAGGGAGCCAAUCUGCUCAAAAUGACCCUAACAAGACCUUGUCUACCCCGAAUAACAACAAUGGGAAUGUGAAUGGUGGCAACAAGGGAAGGAUUUUUGUGAUGAACCAAGCUCAGGCUAAUGGAGAGGCUAAUGUGGUGACUGGUACUUUUCUUAUAAACUCUAUUCCUGCACAUGUACUUUUUGAUUCUGGAGCUUCACAUUCAUUCAUAUCAUCUGCCCUAGUUAAGAAGUUAGGUCUAGAACCUUCUUCUCAAAUUUCUGCUCAAAUUUCUAUUCCAACUGGGGAGGUAGUGUCAUGUAGAAAACUUUACAAGGAUGUUUCAAUAAACAUUAGCGGGACUAUACUACCAGGAGACCUUAUAGAGUUCAAUCUUGAUGAUUUAGAUGUCAUAUUGGGAAUGGAUUGGUUGGGAAAAUAUAGGGCCCGGAUAGAGUGUCAUGAUCAAAAGGUUGUUCUGAAAGGUCCAAAUGGGAAUAGAAUAUCCUACCAGGGCAUUGUAACCAAACCUGGGGUGAAGAUCAUAUCAGCCUUAGCUAUGCAUAAGUACCUUAGAAAAGGACAAGAAGCCUACCUGUGUCAGAUUCAAGAUUUGGGGAGAGAAGAUAGUGAAUUAAGUGAUAUUCUUGUUGUUAAGGAGUUUCCUGAUGUAUUUCCUGAGGAUAUUCCAGAUAUUCCCCCGGAUAGAGAGGUUGAGUUCACCAUAGAGCUGAUUCCAGGAACUGCACCAAUUUCUAAAGCACCUUAUCGUAUGGCCCCUGCUGAGACGAAGGAAUUGAAGGAUCAGAUAGAAGAUUUAUUGAAUAAGGGAUAUAUUAGGCCAAGCGUGUCACCAUGGGGAGCCCCUGUGCUCUUCGUGAAGAAGAAGGAUGGAAGCCUGAGGUUAUGUAUAGAUUAUAGGGAGCUAAAUCAAGUCACGAUCAAAAACAAGUAUCCAUUGCCUCGUAUAGAUGACCUUUUUGACCAGUUGAAGGGUGCUGGAACCUUCUCUAAGAUUGACUUGAGAUCUGGGUACCAUCAGUUGAAAAUUGCGGAAAAAGACGUGGCAAAGACUGCUUUUAGAACAAGGUAUGGCCAUUAUGAGUUCACAGUUAUGCCAUUUGGGUUAACCAAUGCCCCAGCUGUUUUUAUGGACCUCAUGAAUCGUGUAUUUAGACCCUACCUUGAUCAAUUUGUGGUAGUAUUCAUUGAUGAUAUUUUGAUAUACUCUAAAACCCCUGAAGAUCAUGAACAACACCUGCGUGUGAUUUUAGAGACCUUGAGAGAGAAAAGAUUUUAUGCAAAACUAUCUAAGUGUGAAUUCUGGAAGAAGGAAGUAGCUUUCCUAGGUCAUAUCAUAUCAAAAGAAGGAGUUUCUGUAGACCCCUAA